UGUUUCAUGUGAAAAGUGUGCAUUAAAUGAGAUCGCGUUCUGCAAAAUGCCUCAGUCGCAGCAGAACAAGGAUAAGCAUGGAGUCGACUGCGACUAUGCCUACGCCAAAGAGAGCAGCUGCCAUCGUCGUCUCUUUGUCUGCAUAGCCAAGGCUAUCAAACAAUUCAUUGAUCUCUGCAACAAUUUAAGCAUCAACUGCAACAACACAGCCGCAGCAGCAGCAGGACCAACAACAACAACAACAGCAGCAGCAGCCAACUCCAACUCCAAUCACUGCUCGAAUGCCAGCACAUCAAAUUUUCAUGUCAGCAUCAAUACACAGCAGCCAACAACAACAACAACAACAAUACCAACAGCAACAUCAGCCACAUCAUCAUCAUCAGCAGCAGCAGCAGCAGUAGCAUCAUCAUCAUCAUCAUCGUCGUCGUCAUCAUUGCCCAUUAGGCGUCACAUUUCGCACACGACAGCCGUCAAGUUUCUGUAUGCCCGUAAAUUUGAUAUACCACGAGCCGUAUCUCUCUACGAGCAGCACGAGCAGAUACGCCAGCGGGAAUACCUUUACAACAUUGAUGCCAAUGUGGAGCCGUUGCGCUCCGAGCUGCAAACGGGCAAAUUCACAAUAUUGCCCGCCCGCACGUCGAGUGGCGCGGCCAUUGCGCUCUUCACGGCCAAUCGGCACAGCCCGUUGAAUGCCUCGCAUACGACCACAUUACAGGGUAUCGUCUAUCAGCUGGACUGUGCGCUGCAGGACACGGAAACGCAGCGUGCGGGACUUGUUUUCAUCUACGAUAUGAGCGGCUCCAAAUACUCGAAUUUCGAUUAUGAUCUAUCCCAGAAGAUUCUCACGUUGCUCAAGGGCGGCUAUCCGGCACGGCUGAAGAAAGUGUUGAUUGUGACGGCGCCGCUGUGGUUCAAGGCGCCAUUCAAGAUACUUCGCCUGUUUGUGCGCGAGAAGCUGCGCGAGCGGGUGUUCACUGUAUCGGUGCCGCAGCUGAGCCUGCACGUGCCGCGCAAGGCGCUGCCUGUGCAUCUUGGCGGCACGCUGGAAAUCGAUCACGCCACAUGGUUGCUGAAUUGCCGCAAAUCGAUGACGAAUCGUGAAGACGAACUGCUUGCCAAUAUUGUCGGCGUGGGCGUGGGCGUGGCACCAGCAACAACAGCAGCAGCAGCAACAGCUUCGGCCACAGCGUCGCCGUUAACGAACGGCAGCAGCGCUGCCAGCGCCGUAGCAGCCACAAUCAUCAGCGCCGUGCACCAGUUGGCCGAAAGCAACACAACCGUUGUCACCGUCAGCGGGGAGCACGGCAGAACGGGCGCCGGCAGCGGCAGCAGCGAGGAAUCGGAGCCCAACGAGAACAUCACAAUCAACGGACUGAGUCCCAGCCAUCGGACGGCGGCCGGCUCUCUGCUCAAGCUAAAUACCAGCGGCAUUCAGCAGAGUAACGGUACUGCUGCAGGUAACAUUGCUCCAACAGCAGCAGCAGCAGCAGCAGCAGCAGCGGCAGCAGGAGGAACCUCAACAACAACGGCAGCAGCAGCAGCAGCAGCAGCAACGGCAGCUGACAGCGCUGUCAAUGGCAGCGCCGCUGGCGUUGCCAGCAACGGCGAAUUCUGGUCGGAAAAUCCGCCGAGCAGCGCCUCAUCCGGCUUCAGCGACGAUGACAGCCUGGCCGGACAGGAGGGUGAUCCGAAGACGAUCGAACAGAUCGUGCAAAUGGUGCGGGAACGAGGACGCCAGGGCCUGAUCAAGGAGUAUACGGAAAUAAGGAAUCGGGCGCCCGAGGGCACCUUCCUGCAUGCGCGCAUGCGCAACAAUCUGACCAAAAACCGUUACACAGACGUCCUCUGCUACGAUCACAGUCGCGUGGUGCUGGCGCACGAGGAUGAGGACGACCUCUCCGAUUACAUCAAUGCCAAUUUCGUUGAUGGCUACAAGCAGAAGAAUGCCUAUAUUUCAACUCAAGGUCCAUUACCAAAGACAUCCCAGGACUUUUGGCGCAUGAUCUGGGAACAACAUUGCUUAGUUAUAGUUAUGACAACGCGCGUGAUGGAGCGCGGACGUGUUAAGUGCGGCCAAUACUGGGAGCCGACUGAAGAUAGUUCCUUGGACUUUGGCAAUUACCAUGUGCGAACCAUUAGCGUCGAGAGCAAUGAGGACUAUACCGUUGCAUCCCUAGAAUUGAGAAACCUAAAGACUGACGAAACUCGCAAUGUGUCACAUUGGCAGUUCACCAGCUGGCCGGACUAUGGUGUGCCCAGCUCUGCGAUGGCGAUGCUGAACUUCCUGCAGAAGGUGCGGGACAAGCAGGCGCAGCUGGUGCGCGCCCUCGGCGAUACCUGGGCCGGUCAUCCGCGCGGCCCGCCCAUUGUGGUGCACUGCAGCGCUGGCAUUGGACGCACCGGCACCUUCAUUACGCUGGACAUCUGCAUAUCACGUCUGGAGGAUGUGGGCACGGCGGACAUACGCGGCACAGUGGAGAAGAUCCGCUCGCAGCGCGCCUACUCCAUACAAAUGCCGGAUCAAUAUGUGUUCUGCCACCUGGCGCUGAUCGAGUACGCCUAUUCGCGGGGCAUGCUGCAGACGGUCGAUCUGGCGGGAUUCGAUGAGCGGGAACAGGAUUCCGAGUAGGGCUUUAACACACACACA